CAGAAGCCACAGGAUGCAACAAGAAACCAGUGUCAUCAUCAAAGAGCCGAUAACUCAAUAAAGCAUAAAGAGGUCACGGACGAUGGCUUUCUUCAAGAAAAAUAUUAAAUUCAUAACUUCAGAGAUUACUUUAUUUGUGAGGUAUUUGAACUAACGCCAUAUAUAACCACUGGUCAAACGCAAGAAAUGGCAUUCUCUUUGCAAGCUGUCAAGUCUGGAUUUCGGAGUUUGAACAAGAUUUAUGUGAGCACUAAUGUCAGAAGUUAUUAUCUCUAUUCACCGGAACCUUUUCACCCACUGCCUGACAGAUUACCGCAAAAGAAUACGGCAGAAGAGGCAGUUCAAGUUAUCCAGUCAGGAUUUAGAGUGUUUGUUCAUGGAGCAGCAGCGACUCCUGUGCCAUUGAUUGAGGCUCUAUGUCAGCAUGGGUUAAAGGCAGGUUUGAGGAAUGUAGAACUAUUACACAUUCAUACAGAAGGACCAGGCACAUACAAUAAACCAGAAUAUGAAGGAAUAUUUAGAUCGAACUCUUUAUUCCUUGCCGCCAAUGCUCGGAAAGCUGUUAUGGAUGGGCGAGCAGAUGUUAUACCAGUCUUCCUUUGUGAGAUACCUUUACUGUUCAGGAGGAACAAGAUUCCUCUGGAUGUAGCUCUCAUAUCUAUCACACCUCCUGAUAAACAUGGCUUUUGUUCUCUUGGACCCAGUGUGGACUGUACACGUGCUGCCAUUCAGAACGCCAAAUAUAUCAUAGGUAUGGCUAAUCGACACUUGCCUAGAACCAUAGGAGACGGUAUUAUCCACCAGUCACAUGUGGAUACAAUAGUUGAAUGUGACUACCCAUUACAUGAACUAAAGAAAGGAGAACUUUCUCCAGAGGAGCAAAAGAUAGGGAAAUUAAUAGCAGAACAUCUGGUUGAAGAUGGUGCAACAUUACAGAUGGGUAUUGGAUCUAUACCAGAUGCUGUUUUAGCCCAACUGAAUGAUCAUAAAGAUUUAGGAGUUCAUUCUGAAAUGUUCAGUGACGGAGUGGUAGAACUUGUUGAGAAUGGCUGUAUUACUAAUGCUAAGAAAAAUAUAGAAACUGGAAGUAUUAUUAGUAGUUUUGCUGUAGGAACAAGAAAAUUAUAUGACUUUAUGGAUGAUAACCCAUUUGUUGAAAUGUGUGAUGUAGGCUUCACUAACAGUGUUGCCGUUAUAUGUCAGAAUCCUAAAGUAACAGCUAUAAACUCUUGUAUAGAAGUAGAUUUAACAGGACAAGUAUGUGCCGACUCAAUAGGAGAAAAGAUGUAUUCAGGAUUUGGAGGUCAGAUUGACUUUAUAAGGGGUGCUGCACUAGGCCUUGAUGGUAGGGGGAAACCUAUUAUAGCCAUGCCAUCAACUACCAAGAGGGGAGAGAGCAAAAUUGUUAAUAUGCUGAAAAAUGGUAGUGGUGUAGUGACAACCAGAGCACAUGUUCACUAUAUUGUAACAGAGUAUGGUAUUGCUUAUUUAUUUGGCAAAAACAUUAGACAGCGAGCGUAUGAACUUAUCCGACUAGCACAUCCAGAUCAUAGGGAAAGAUUAGAAAAAGAAGCUUUCGAAAGAAUGAAGUGCAUGCCAUCACCAUAGAAAAAAUUUGUUAUUUUGUGCUACUUAUUGUAAAACACAGAUUGUGGUGAUUCAAUGCCAGUUCUGUGAAACGAAAAAUCGUCUCAUUUCUUCCAUGUGAUUUUUUCUGACCUAUUUUUAAGGAUCCCAUGUUAUUAAUCAUGUAUCCACCAUUUUAAGGGAUGCAUUGAAAGUUUACAGUAUGUAAAUGUAUGCUCUGUGGAUACAUUUAAUAUGAUAAUAUUCUGAGUUUAUAAAUCUACUGCUUAUUAGUUGCAUCUUUUGUAUAAGUACAGCUGUUUCACAAACCACGCCUCUUUUGGGGAGAAAUUUAAUAAGCAUUGACAUACCUGCCAACUUUUCAAAAUGCCUAUGGGGGUUUUGCGUGCAAGAUGGCUGACAUAGUCCUAAGAAACCUUCAAGGGACAAAUAACAUUUUAAUGUUGUUUUUUAGCUUCUUCAUACUUUUAAAAGCCUAAAGUCAUUGUAAAAUAAUUGUUUUGUUUAAAUUGUGGACAAAAUUGCUCUUUCAAAACUUCAAUUUGGGAGCCUCAAUGGGGAAAAUCCCCCACAAAUAGUGACAGUUGGCAGGUAUGCAUUGAUAAUUUGUUUUGUUUGCCUAUUGGCUCACACAUAUGAUCUUUAUGCUUCAUUGCAUAGAGACACAGCUUGAGAAUUUUACCAGUAAAGAUAUACAUGGAUGGAGGCCAAAUUAAAUUAUGAGGAAGACCCAAAGUUGAGGGAGGGUACUAGUACAUAAUUUUAGUAUAGUAAGAUAUUUUUUACAAAUCUUCGUAGUAAAAGUGACACAAUUUAAUCAAUAAAAGGAGUUGUGAAAUUGCAUUGUCUUGCUCUAACUAAUACAUUAAAUGAAAGUCUCAAACAAAUGAACUUAUAAAAUAUUUAUGUUUUAAAUGGUAGUUAAUCACUGAAUUCUGUUAAAUAUUCCGGCCAGUAAUUCAUAUUGCCCAGUAUAAUCUAGUAAAACUAGUGUUUUCCAGUAUUUCCCAAUUAUUAGGGCAUUACUCAUAAAACUCAGGUUUUUGCCAACCCAGUGAAAUCGUUUGUUCUCAGGUUUAAGUUGAUUGUAAAAUUUCUUUCUCAUGAAAUUGUAGUCACAUCAAUUUCAAACUUAUUAAAAUUUUUCAUUAUAAUUUGAACUUUUAAAAUAAUAUCCCUUAUAAAAGAUUUUGUAAUUCACUGAAUUUUAAAAUUGGAGAAUGUGUAUCUGUUUUUUUUACUAGAUAUUUACUAUGAAGCUGUUGCCACAGUAACUCCAAACAUAAUAUACAUGUACAUUAUGAUGUUGACUUUUUAGCUCACCUGGCCCAAAGGGCCAAGUGAGCUUUUCUCAUCACUUGGCGUCCGUCGUCUGUAAACUUUUAGAAAAAUCUUCUCCUCUGAAACUACUGGGCCAAAUUUAACCAAACUUAGCCACAAUCAUCAUUGGGGUAUCUUGUUUAAAAUUGUGUCCGGUGACCCGGCAUACCAACCAAGAUGGCCGCCACGGGUAAAAAUAGAACAUAGGGGUAAAAUGCAGUUUUGCUUAUAACUCAAAAACCAAAGCAUUUAGAGCAAAUCUGACAGGGGUAAAUUAUUUAUCAGGUCAAGAUCUAACUGCUCUGAAAUUUUCAGAUGAAUCUGACAACCCGUUGUUGGGUUGCUGCCCCUGAAUUGGUAAUUUUAAGGAAAUUUUGCUGUUUUUGGUUAUUAUCUUGAAUAUUAUUAUAGAUAGAGAUAAACUGUAAACAGCAAAAAUGUUCAACAAAGUAAGAUCUACAAAUACGUCAACAUGACCAGAAUGGUCAAUUGACCCCCUAAGGAGUUAUAGCCCUUUUAAGUCAAUUUUUAACAAUUUUGUAAAAUUUGUAAAUUUUCACUUACAUUUCCACUGAAGCUAUUGGGCCAAGUUCAUUAAAGAUAGAAAUAAUUUUAAGCAGCAAGAAUGUUUAGAAAAGUAAGAUUUACAAACACAUCCCCAUCACCAAAACACAAUUUUGACAUAAAUCCAUCAGUCUUCUUUGUUUAAUAUUCACAUAGACCAAGGUGAGCGACACAGGCUCUUUAGA